AUGGGAAAUGGCGAAGGACCAGUAUGCUAUCGUGGGAUCACACUGCCGGUCAACACCACUAGCUCCAUCUUCUCCAGCUUCCUGGUCACAGGCAUUCCUGGGCUGGAGGCUGCACACAUUGGCAUCUCCAUACCCUUCUGUGCCAUGUUCCUCAUUACCCUGGUGGGCAACGUGACCAUCAUGACAGUUAUCUGGAGGGAGCACACCCUCCAUGUGCCUAUGUACCUCUUCCUGGCCAUGCUGGCUGCCUCUGAUCUGGGCCUGUCACUCUCCACCUUUCCGACCUUGCUGAGCAUCUUCUGGCUGGAUGCACGAGAGCUGACUUUCCCGGCUUGCUUCACCCAAAUGUUCUUUAUUCACACUUUUCAGAAAUUUGAGUCUGCUGUUAUUCUGGUCAUGGCCUUUGACCGCUAUGUAGCCAUUUCUCAUCCACUGCACUAUUCCUCCAUCCUCACUCACAGGGUGAUCUCCAGGAUAGCCGUGGCUAUUCUCUUGCGAACCUUGGCAGUAGAGGUACCUCUCCCCAUUCUCUUGAAGAGGCUGUGCUUCUGUCGCUCCAAUGUACUUUCCCACUCUUACUGUCUGCAUCCUGACAUCAUAAAGCUCUCCUGCUCUAAUACAAGGAUCAACAGCAGCUUAGGAUUGUUUGUAGUACUGUCCACCAUGGGACUUGACUUCCUC